AUGUCCCCAGUACUGUGGUUCACACAGUUUCAACUACAGCAGCUAGUCACUCUAUUUUCAGAGGAGGUAACUUUCUGGCAUGCAAGAAACUGAUUAAGCCAUGUGGGGAGUCACUUCACACAAAUAACUGCCUGUGUUGAGCAGCAUCUGUCUCAUGGAUGGGGACCUAUGCGCCUCCAAAUAUUGUUUGACUCCAAUCCUCAUCAACCCCAGACAGCAUAGUCCAGUGUGAUGGGACCUAUAGUAUAACAACAUUUAAAAGACCUAUGUACUUCACUUCUUCAGUGGCUACCAAAACCACAAAAUGAACUUUUAGACACAAAGAGGAAAUAUGUGCAAGCAGUGUUAUAAAAUGUGCUGCUUGUAGAAAGGUAGACUACAUUUGAACCAGGGAUCUCCUGAUUCAUGACUCCAUAUAUAUCUACAGUUUUAUGUUAUGUAUAUCUUUGUUUUUUGUUCAGCAGGAAUAUUUCUCUCUCUCUCUCUCUAUAUAUAUAAUGAAAAAUAUACGUAAAGGGUUGCAAAUUAGUGGCCAAAUAGUUUGGAAAACAUCAUAGCUCAGGCUGUUAAUGACAAUUUUAUUGUACAUCUCAAAAAUAAACAGUAAGAUUUUUGUAAACAUUUGCCUUGCCCAAAGAAUGAUUAUCUUUUAUCUUGUAGGUUGCAAAAGUACCUCCAUGCUACCAUCUACAUCUGAAUCUGAAUCAAAGAGCUGUAAUCAGGUCAUGUUUUUUCCUAAUGUACUUUAGAACUCAUAAUUUACUUUUGCAGUCAGCCAAUGUAAGCUUAUGUUGUGUAACAUCCUGUUUUCAGAUAAACAAUUAAAGCAGGUGAAUGUGUAGAUUAUUACUAGGAUAGUAAUGGAUUAUUUCAAGGACAAUGUUUGAUACUCAUAGUGCCAAGUUCUAAUGCAAACAAGCCCUUAAAUGUUAAUGUUUCAGAAGAUAAUGCAUAUCUCUCAGAAAUGCUAAGUAUAGUAAUAUUAUUACAGUAACCUUUGCUUCCUUUCAUAUUCUUUCACAUCACCUAGUCUUGCCUAGUCUUGCUAUAUAAUUCUUGCAAAUGUUAUUACUUAAAACUUACGCAUUGGGCCUUUUUACCAAUGCAGUCUAAUAAAUAAAUGCCAUUUCCCCCUUUGUUCACUGGAGCAAAUGCCUCUCUUCCCAUAUUUCUGUUUCGUGGAACUCCUACUCAGAUCCAGUGUACCUGCCAAAACAGAUUUCUAAACUGAAAUGGAUUCAUAAAUAUUUGCAGAGUGUGUAUAUUGCUUUAGGACUAGGCUUAUGUACUCAGCACUAGAAUUGUAUGAGUGAUCCCUGUAGAGGAUUGAGAAUUAUUACAUGCCCAGUGUCUGAUAGUUCCAGCAUUUAUUAUAUUUCAUCUAUGAGUUUGACCUCAUCAUCAGCCUAACAAAGACCAACAUCCUGGGUCAGGAUGUUGUUGGCACUCCACACACCAGCAUUGGUGACCAUGUGCUUGAGUUGGUAGACGAUUUUGUCAACCUGGAUUCCAUCAUAAUCAGCAACCUCUCCAUUGACAUUGAGCUGGACAAACGUAUUCGCAAGGCGGCUACGAAAAUGGCUCACUUCACCAAAAUGCUAACGUCUAAUAUAAAGAUGAAGGUUUACCAAGCUUGUGUGUUGAGCAUGCUGCUUUAUGGAAGUGAGUCAUGGGCAACUUACACAUGACAGGAGCGAUGCAUCAAUGCCUUCCAUAUGUGCUGUGUCAGGAAGAUUUUGGGCAUCACAUGGCAGGACAGAGUCUCAAACAAAGAUGCGCUCUCCCAAGCCCAUAUUCCCAGCAUGUUCGCACUUCUAUCUUAGAGAUGUCCAUGCUGGCUUGGAAGAUGGCAGGAUCCCCAAAGACAUGCUUUAUGGAGGCCUGGUCUCAGGCGCUAGGUCUGUUGGCAGACUAACUCUGUGUUACAAAGAUGUCUGCAAACGUAACAUGAAGGCUGGCAACAUUAACCCUGCCAUAUGGGAAUCCCUUGCAGACGAUUGCAGUACCUGGAUACAGACAGUCAGGUUGUGUAUGCACAGCAGUGACCAGAGGAGGAAUGACUGCUGAGAGGAGCACAGAGAGAAGAGAUGCCAUGGUGCACUUGUAGUAGUAGCAAAACUGGACGCUGUCAUCUGCCCCACCUGCAAUAAAGCCUAUCUGUCCCAUAUCAGUCUCUACAGCCACAACAGGUGUUGUAACUUUCCAGUGGUUUGGCUUUACCCCCAAAGGGGCAUUGUUCCAUUGUCUCCCGAGACAGGCAUGUGCCAAGAACAACAACAAGGGGGUCAGAGCUUCCAUUCAGACAUUAUCAGCCAUCCUUGAAAACUGCUCAGCCAACUAUGGGUAACUGCUCUAGAAAUCUGCAGCUUGCCAAUACGUAAGAACAGUAGCAUCUGAACAACUGCCCACUGCUGCAUAGUGUUAUCUUUAGAAGAAGGCCCAUGUGUGUCAAAGAUAUCCUAAACAAUUGGCACAUUUGAAAAGUACACAGCCAAACACAGAAAGGACCAAAAUAUGGAUAAAUUUAAAAAAGGAAGGGAGUGGCUUUAUCUACACAUAAUGCUAAAUAAAUCUAUGGCUUUAGCCUUAGAGUGUAUGAGAAAGUGAGAAAUGAGUGGUGCACACAGAGAGAAAUCAAAGGUGCUUUGUUCCUCUCCCAUUUUUGUCCUGCUACCGCAGAUAUGCAGAUGACACAACAUUGAUGGCAGAAAGUGAGGAGGAAUUAAAGAAUCUUUUAAUGAGGGUGAAAGAGAAGAGUGCAAAAUAUGGUUUGAAGCUCAACAUCAAAAAAAGAAAAUCAUGGCCACUGGCCCCAUCGCCUCCUGGCAAAUAGAAGGGGAAGAAAUGGAGGCAGUGAGAGAUUUUACUUUCUUGGGCUCCAUGAUCACUGCAGAUGGUGACAGCAGCCACGAAAUUAAAAGACGCCUGCUUCUUGGGAGAAAAGCAAUGACAAACCUAGACAACAUCUUAAAAAGUAGAGACAUCACCUUGCCAACAAAGGUUCGUAUAGUUAAAGCUAUGGUUUUCCCAGUAGUGAUGUAUGGAAGUGAGAGCUGGACCAUAAAGAAGGCUGAUCACCGAAGAAUUGAUGCUUUUGAAUUAUGGUGCUGGAGGAGACGAAGAGUCGGACACAACUAAACAACAACAACUGGAACUUAACUGUGGUUAGGCUUCAAGUUACUUUUGAACCUUUGCUUGUGGUUUAUCUUCCCCAAAGAACAAAACUUGAAUGCCGGUCAUGGUUUCUUUGGAUUAAGGCAAACAAUGAAGCCAGCUUCAGUGUUCAUUGUUCAGUGUUCAGGUUAAACACUAAACCAAACCAUGACUUAGCUCCUAGUAGCAUGGCAGCAGGAAUGGGGGAGAAGCAAAGUGGCUGUGCUUUGCUCACUGUGCACUAGCAUGCAUUCUCAUCCACACUAAGCCAUAGUUUAGCUUAGCGUUACAUGUGAACCAGGUCCCUGUCAUCAGUGAUAUCUGGAUUAGAUUGGACAGUUCUAAACGUGGUUUAUUGGGAGUUUGUUAUGGGCAAUUUCAGAAACAGAUUAAUUCGAUGUACUGCAAUAUCCUACUACUCCCAGAAUCAAUGGUGCAUUGCCAAUGAAUUUGAUUGGCUGAAACCACAACUUAGUCCUUUGUUAGUAAAUUUGUUUGUACUACAACAUGCCACUGAAUCAACUUGUUCCUUUGGACUGGAAAUGAAUUACUUUAAAUUGCAUUUUUUAGCUUCCCAGAAACUGCUGAACUCAGACAAUUACAGCUGAGCUAUAUCCACUUUACUAUAAGCUAGUGGGUUCCAAGUCCUUUAAAUCUAAGGGUGCUUCCCACAAGAAGUAAAUCUUUUUUUAAAGUCACUAGUCUCUGUGUUAAUAACAUCCUCACUGAUAUUGCAAGUGUCCAAAAAUUAAGUCUUUUUUCAUUUCUUAGUACAGAAGAGUCUCAUUUCUUUAUGACAUGAACAAGGUAGUGAUUGGCAACCAAUAAUUUUCGUCUUUAAUUUAAAUUAUUGCUUUCUAUUACUCUUCAUUUCUGGAAAACUAUCAUUUGGAUUUUUAAAAAAGCUUCCUAUAUUUCAUGCUGUAUUAACCAUUUUUCAUAAGUUUUUUAAAAAGGUAUUAGCAAUAAAAAGGCAUGCUUACAUCCCUAUUUUUACUUUAUUUACUUAAAAGUAAAGCAGAAUAAUUUCAAUAGAAGGAAGAUCUAGGUCAGGGUUAGCUUACGUGGUGUCCUCCAGAUGUUUUGACUACUAUCAGGUCCAGCCAGAAUGGCCAAUGGUAAGAGAUUAUGGAAGUCCAAAUUAUUUGGAAGACACCAUCUUUGCUCCCCCUGGUCUAGGUGAAUGUGCUGAGUCUCACAACUUCAUGACAGAGCAACAUGCUCUGUCUCUACCUUAUAUCUUCUCUUUGCAAAUGAGGCCAAGAAGGUGAAUUUGUGAGGAAAUCUGUGGGUGAGGGGAGAGCUUUUGGUCCUUCCUUUUGGCCAUCACUUCCUCCUUCAACUCCCCUGGCAGAAAAGUCCUCCACCCACACAUGGAAGGGUUUUAGAUCCAUGCUUCAUUUACUUGUCACAGCACUCUCAGGUGUAUUUAGGAUCACUGCCUUUUUGGAAUUAAUCAGCAUGGAAAUUAAUGGUACUUAUUUCUAAGCAAAUUGAAGGGCUCACAGGUAAUAUUAAACCGUGCUUAACAUUAUGAGGAUGAGUCACAGUACUUGUGUACUUUCCCAUUCCCUUACCUCCUCCGCUGUGGCCAUGAAGAGAGAUCAGAAACUUGCAAUACCAUUUUAGAUUAACAACAGUUUAGCAUUAUGGCUGAGCUCUAAACUGUGGUAAAGCUUGUUUCAGCAAACCAUAGUUAUAAAUAAGCACAGUUUGUCCAAAUUCAGAUGAUAUAUGGAACUGUGUUUGAUUUAAACAGAGACGAAAGCUUCUAAACUAGCAUCCAUGCUUGGACAGCAGGCAGUGGAGUGUGUGAUCUUAGGGCCCCUUCGCUUCAUUCUUGUAGAAUUAAAUUAUGCUUUGUCUAAACUAUGGCUUAGCAUUACAUCUGAACCAGCCUAGUGUAUUUACUAUCAGAGCACCAGAUUGUUUAAAAUAGCACAACCAAACAAGGUACAAAAUAAUGCAAAGUGAAUAUUUUAUUCAGCUUGGCUAAAAUGGAAAAUUGUAUUUAUACUUCUAGAAGCUGUGAUAUGGCUUUGUAAUAAUUGUGUCAGAUUAUAUGGAAAUUUAUGUCUGUUGCAAUUCGAGUGAUUGAUGUGAAAUGUCGUGGAGAACUUGUCUCAUUGUGCUUUUCCAUAUUAAGAGGCUGUUCAGUGUUUCAAGAUUAAGGGAAAUGGAAUGACUUUGUUAAGUAGUAAACUGAUAUUUUUUGACAUUUAAAAAAAUCUAUAUGGUUUCAAAACAUUUAACACUUGAAUAACUUGAUGAAUGUCUCUGAAAAUCACUGGGAAGUGCACCUACCAUUUUAGUUUUGUUUCAGAAUGAAUUAGACUCCUUAGCAUUUCUCUAGGAGGUAAACAAAUUUUCAGCAGAUGUUUUUUGUUAAGGGAAGCAGCUCUUUGUAUUUUGAUAUCUCAAUUUCUGUCUUGCAUCCAGGAUUUUAUAUAAUUCCAUCUGUGGGAAAAUACGUUGGCUCUCUUCCUCUGUAGGUUAUUAUAAAAGUGAGGAUUUUUGAAAACCCUUGAGUUUUCUGUCUAUUGUGUUUGUUCGUAAUCACACCAACACCUGUUUUAUUACUGUUUGGCAACUGUGCUAAAAAUGAAUAGACACCCACGAAUAUAACUACAGUAUGUUCACAAUAAGCCCCUUGAUAUUUGACUCAUUUUGCCCUAUUGAUGCGUUGAAUAGCUGGGCUGUGCCAUAAUUGGCCAGGUUAAAAGGUGGCAACCCUACUGUGUAUGCGUGUGUGAGAAAUGAGCACUGUGUGUGUCUGAAAUAUUUUGCAACUUCUUCUUUGUUUAAAUUAACAAUGUACCUUUCUAAUACGUUGCCCUAUUUUGUUUACCACCUACUACUUCGGGUAUCGGCCCUUUUCACACAGCUUGAAGUGAGUGCAUGGAAAGGAGGGUGUUGGGAUUGCACCCGCCAGCCCCACCCUUAAGUACCAUGUAUUUUGUCUGUGCAAGGGCUUGUACACCUGAAAUCAGUAAGUUUUGUAUGUGAGAGAUCUCUACUUGUCAUUUUUGCAGGGUGCAGUUUUUACCCUGCAGUCUACACUCAUUAUGAUGAAUGUGCACAGUAGUGUUGGAUCGGCAGGGAAGUGGUUGCAGGGGAGACAAAAGGGGGCACAUGCCCUAGGUGGCAGGUUUGGGUGGAGCAGCAAAAUCAGAGGCUAUUAUUUGGAUCUGUCCAAUAGCCUUCCCUUUUGGGUGUGCCUUUGCGCCAAAUUAACAACACUGCUACGGAGUCCCAUUAAAUGGGGUUUUGACUAUGUACAAGACCACUCCAAGGAUGAGGAAAGAAAAGCAAGAUGCCCAGUGGGUGACCUGUUCUGAAAUAUGUUCCCCACUUUAAAACAAUAAGGCUGGCCCUUAAAGUACAUUUGUUGUCCUGCUGUCUGUGAGGUGUGGUGGUUCCCCCAGACUGCCAGAUCUGCUGGGGACUUGUGAAUAAAGUCUCUGCAGUCCCAAGGAGAGAUAAGAAACCAUUGUAGUCACCAGUGCUGUCUAGAUGUCUGAUCUCACAGAACCCAACCAAGGGCUAUUUGAAUUAGCCUUGGCAAUAUUUAGAACCAGAUCCACCAACUGCUCAUUUGCUCCUGCCUCUGAAGGCCUGUGUGGGUCCUGGAUGGAGACAGAGAGAUGAUUGCACAGUGUCUGGAAUAUCACAGUUCUUCCUCCCCUGUCUCUCCCACCCCCUUGUGUCCACCCAAAUGAGCAGUGGUGCUGUCAAGGCAGGAUUUUGGGGCAGAUGUCCAGGGUUCCAUUGAAGAGGAUGAACAGGACGCCCCCCAACACAGCAGGACUGCCUUACCAAUGUUUUAAAGUAAACAAAGGAAUAUACUGUAGUUAAGAGCAGUAGACUCGUAAUCUGGUGAACCGGGUUCGCGUCUCCACUCCUCCACAUGCAGCUGCUGGGUGACCUUGGGCUACUCACACUUCUCUGAAGUCUCUCAGCCCCACUCACCUCACAGAGUGUUUGUUGUGGGGUGGGGGGAGGAAAGGAGAAUGUUAGCCACUUUGAGACUCCUUCAGGUAGUGAUAAAGCGGGAUAUCAAAUCCAAACUCUUCUUCUUCAAACUCUUCUAAAAGGUGUUAAGGGUGAAGGAGUAGGCAGAUGUAUAAGGUGGCGUGACUGGGGGUCUCCCGAGAGCAGGAGGCCUGCCUUGCCACAUUCUGAAGUGAAAUAAUACACAUUACUUUCCAAAGAACUCCCACACACCUCACAAAGCUAUGAAGUCCAAGUCACCUAAAUGCACAUUUUUAGGAACGAGGGGCAAAAUUCAAAAUCCCCAUCUAGCAUUACAUUUAAAAUUGCACACUCCCAGCUGCUGCUAGUAAACCAAGGUACUGAGAAUGACAACAAUAAGCACAAAUUCUGUUUGUGACCUAUUUUUGGAAGGGCCCCCUUAGAAAUUCCUUGGACAGCACACCACUUAUCUUUUGGAUUGAAUGAGAAGGUCACCAGUGGUGAAAUCAUAUAAAUUCAAAACCCCACCUGGGUGAGGAUGGCCCAGGAGUGUAAGACUGCCAACCAAAAAUAGAUCUCACACUCUCUUGCCCUUGUAUUUUCUUCUUCCUUCAUGUGAAUCAACCUCAUAGAAAGCAGGAACAAGGCCAUAACUUUUAAGCAGCUUUAAAAAACCCCACAUAUAAUCCUGCUCCGAUUUCAGAUGAAAAUGAGGGCACCACUAGCAGGCAGAGGAAUUUUCAGUGAGACCACAGUGCACAGGAGCAGAGGUUUAAUUAUUCCCUCCCCAGCUACAAUUCCAACAAAAAUCACAGCUCUUUUCUAGGGCUGAUGACAGAGGAAGGGGGAUCAUCACUGGGAAAUGGUUAAAUUUCCCCAGCACACUGCAGACCAGAUGAAAUCAGCGCAUUCUGUACCUGCAAUCUAACAAAAGAAAAGAAAACACCUUGCUGUGCUUCCUGGUGAUGCUUUUAGCAUUUCAUCUAGGUGGUUUCUGGACUAGCCAUCAAACCGAUUCAAUUCAUGUUUAGAAUCUGGGAUAUAGUUAUCAUAAGGCUUUGGUAUGUACAUAUGGCGUCAACAUGGCUUCGGCAUUCUGUUGGUGGGACCGUCCCGAACAUAACUCAAGAACAACGUUUUAAUGCCUUUUGGUUUCAAUACUAAUUUCUGUUUUAUUUUGAACAAGAAACAAAUAUUCUGAGAUAGCAAUGAAUGCAAUGUGACACUUCUUUGGGGUUUUUUUUGCUGAAUAUCCUGAAAUAUGUGUCUGACUAUUGUAAUUUCCUUUUGCUGAAUUGAACUAUUGAUACUGGAAGCAUGACCUCUUUUGUGACAGUAGAUCUUGACUGAAGAAUGCUCCAUUACCUCAUUUGCACAGCAUGGAAAGAAGAAAAAUUGGACUAUUCAUUGGCAGUCAUGGUGAAUGAGAACAGGAACUAAAUACAUCUGGGCAUUGAAUGUAGCUGAAAUGUAUGGUUUAUGGGUUCAGACCAGGUCAACUCCCAAAAAGAGCAAUAUUUUCUCUGGAGAAGACAGGCAUUCCAAUCCCAAAUGGUGUAAGCUUUCAAUGCAAGGGGACUGUAGGGCAGGGAGCCAAGAGGAAAGUGAAGCCAUUGAAGAGGACUGGGUGAGGAGCCAUGGAUGACAAAAUAUGAUUUAGUGCUACUGGAUUCUGGCCUAACCAGUUUGUGAGUUGCAAUCUAAUAGAGAGGUUUCCCUGAGCCAGGCUACAAAAAAUAUAUAUUGGGGGUUCAUUAAAACCUGACUCAAAGGAGAGCUGAUCUUUAUAAGUCCCAGCUGGAUCAAAACUUGAGCCGGAGAAGAAUGGUUGACUUUCUCAACCCAUCAGUUUCCCCCUGUGGUACGUAAUGGAGCAGUACUGCUUUCCAGCUUUUUAGCUACAUGCAGGUAGAAUGAGCCUCUUGCUACCUCUGAGAAGGUCAUUUUUUCAAGCCCUCAGUUUGACAAGGAAAAAUCACCAAAGCUCUUCCAUAUCUUUUUCAGAAGAAUUUGUGUAAAUUCUGAAUCAAUGUAAGGAGAGCUUUGGAAAGCACACCCAUCUUUAAAGUCUUCUUCUUGUGCUUUAAUUCAAUUUGACAUUUGAAUCCCUCCUAGAAAUGUGUCCAGAAGGCAAGCCUUUCAAAAAUCUGUUCAGCACAAGGGUCUUUAAAAAAUAAUUUGUAAGUUCAUACAUUAGUAUAGCUCUUUUCAAACAGUAAAAAAAAAGAAGACUCAUCACCAUAUCACAUGUUUAAUAUCAUGUUAGUUAGAAUUGUUAUAAAAUUAGAUAUUCAAUUAUAACAUAGAGAAAAAAGCAUAAGGUUUGAUAUGACCAUGGUAUUUUUUUUAAUCCAAAAAUGAAUGAACAGGAUUAUUUCUUUAUGCAUUUAACACUUUGUGGGCUUUAAUGACCUCCAGGUCCAGCUAUUAGUGACUACCAGUGGCGGGGUAGUGGUGCUUUCCUGGCCUCCCAUUGUUGACAUUACUGCGGCUAAUAACAGGACCUCAAUCUUUGAUUCUUACAUACAAGCGUGGGUGACUGUGUUUUCAUGUCUGAAUUUCAGUAGUUUCUUUCAAAUACAGGUCUCUGUUGGCACACAUCAUCACGCUCUAUGCAUAGGUGAAGCAUCAGUUAUGAGAAAAACAUCACAGAUAAAAACAAACAAGUAUUAUUUAUCAGAAUAAGCACUCUCACUAUGGCCAUUUGAGUCCAUUUGAUUGUCUGUUCUGCUUACUUAUGUGAGACACAUAGAAAUAAAUCUUGUUUUAUCUCACUGGAAAUACUUUAUUUUGGUAGGGAGGAGGAAUAGGAAAAGGAAACAAAAUUGUAAUGAACAACAAAUGCUGUUUUCUUGUCCAAUCAUAACACAUUCUCAUUCAGAUUUCUGCACAUAAAAAUUACCUGUGUGUGACCUUCUCUUUAAAUACAGUAAUGUAGAAGAUGGCACUAUGCGAUUAAAGUUUAAAAUGUAUAUGUAUUUAUAUUGGCUUUUGCCAUACAUCUGUAUGAAUGAUUUUCUUUAUCUGAUAAUAGCUACAUUACCCAUCUAAUUACAUCUCCCUCUCCCUCUUGUUUUUGAUAAAAGAAGGCAGUUCUUAGACAUUUCCAUAACUGGAUAUUUAAAAUUGAGGUUAGUGUUGUUUUUCAUUGAUAUUGUCAAGUUGUUCAGGGUAUUACAAAGAAUAAAAGUAAUGGUGUCCUUUUAUUAAAGAACAAAGGCACCUUCACGUAACACCCACAAACCUGAUCUCCACUAUUAUUCCACAAUGGCAUACGUGAGCUGGCAUUCUGUGGAAAUUACUUCACCCUAUAAAAGGAAAGCCAUCUUGGAUUUUGGGAUGGUGAAGAGACAAAUACAGUGGUACCUUUGGAUGCGAACGGGAUCCAUUCUGGAGCCCCAUUCGCAUCCAGAAGCAAACGUAACUAGCGACGGCACGUCUGCGCCUGCGCCCGGCGCUUUUCACCGCUUUGCGCAUGUGCGUGACGUCAUUUUGAGCAUCUCCGCAUGUGUGAGCGGCGAAACCCGGAAGUAACGCGCUCCGUUACUCCCGGGUUGCUGCGGAGCGCAACUCGAACACGCUCAACAUGAAGCAUAUUCAACCUGAGGUAUGACUGGACUAUGUUUCACAGUCAGUUCUUAUGUAGUGGGAAAUCUUGGUACAGAGGUCCUCCAGGCCACCAGCAGCACCUACGCGUUGGAAGCUGCGUAAGCAAUGCCACCCUGCCUGCACUCUUCUGCUGGCUGCUACUAAUUUACCGUAAUCCAUAGGAAGUGCAGUGAGGUAAGAAGGGAUUCCCAGGACCACUGCUUGAGUAGCACAUUUAAUCUCCAUGGCUGCAGCUCAAUGGAGAUAACAAAUUGUGUGCACUUGUCCACCAUUACAAUUUCUUCUUCACAGAACUCCUUAGACUACUUUGCAGAACACGGGGACUGUGACGAAAAUGGACUCUGUUUAUUUGGAUUCAGCUUUUAUAGGAACUGUUGUUUAUUAUAAGAGAAUGCAUCUCCUACUUGGCUGUAGGGGAAUUAUAGGUUUAAUGUGCUAUACCUGACCUACCCUGAGGCUCAGUUCAGAAGGCAGUAGAACUUCAUGGUGGAUGUGAGAGAUGGCACCUCUCUUGUCUGAGGGUGGUAAAAUUAAAAGGCUCCUAGGCAUCUCGUCAUCUGUAACCGCCAAUUCUUUUCCUAGAAUACUCUUUGAGAAAUGCUGCUUUAGUUACUGAUCCAUAAUGGAACCUUUCCUCUUAUCUGAUAACUGCAAAGUUUAUUCAGGAGUCUGUGGUGAGGGAUUUUAUUGAAAGCUCUUUGAAAGUCUAAGUACACAAUGUAGACUGGAUUAGAGCUAUCAUAUGCUUGUUGAUGCUCUGCAAAGAAUUCUAAAAGGUUAGUGAGGUAGGACUUACCCUUGUAGAAGCCAAGCUGGUUCUGUUUUAGCAAGACUACUUUUUUCAAAAAAAGAAAAUACAACAGAUAUAAAGCUGUAAAGUAAAUCAACGAAUACUCCUCCUAAACAAUUCACAACUGGAAAAGUAAACAAACAGAAACAUAGGUAAAGUAGAAUCCGAACAUGUACUGAACUAACACAUGAAUGAAUAAAUGAAAGAUCCAUCUCAUUUAAAGCACUUCCAAUGAACAUUUAAAGCACAUGACAUAUCCCAAAGAAUCCUGGGUAUCAGACGUGCUGCCUUGCACCCAUGACAGUGAGUGCCCGGAGCUUGCUGACAUCACCAUGGUGUGUGCACAUGCUGACAUGACGUUGGCACACCCUGCAGCGUGCUGACAUCACGCAUGUGGCGGGAAUGUGCGCACGCUGCCAAAUAGAACCUUUGAGGUCCUGGCCCCUUCAUAAAAAAAAUUGUGGGUGCCUGGGCACUCAGGGCCCUGCAUAGCUGGCGCCUUUGCUGGGAAUUGAAGUUUUCUCCUGACAGAGCUGCAGUCUCCAGCAUCCUUCACAAACUACAGUCCCCAGGGUUCUUUGGGGGACGUCAUGUGCUUUAAAUGUGAUUUGGACAUGCGUUAAAUGUGUGGUGUAGACCUGCCGCCAAUCACAAUUAAAAAUUGCAUUAACCAUAAAUCUUACAGUAAAGCAGGCAUGGGGAAUCCCUGGACCACAGACCCAAUUAGGCCUUGUAAGGGCCCAGUUGUGGCCUGCAAGGCCAUUUCCCCAAGGCUACACCCACCUUCUCCACACCUCGCAGCAUAUAGUCUCUUUAAUCCUUCAUCCUGCCAUUUCUUCCUAUCUUUCAGAGUAAUCAGGGCUUGUUCUUCAUUAUGCCUGACAAUUCCAUCUUUAACAAUGCUUUCCACAAGUUUCCCAAGAACAGAUGUUAACCUAACAGCCAUGUAAUUUCCCAGAUCCUCCCAGGGUCCCUUUUUGAGAAAAAUUGUGUUGCAUUGGCCACAUUCCUGUCCUCAGGAAUGGUUGAUUGAGUAGUUAUUAGUAGCUCCACAGGACUUGAAAUACUGGAUAAUAUUGCGUGUGUGAUCCCAUUUCCUCAAACACAUAUGCAGCAGAAAGGAAACAGAUGUCAUCCGUUUACAAAUGCCAAAUUGUGCAACACCACAUGUAUCCAUAAUGCAAGAGGUUUUGAAAUAGCAUGAAUACACUGCUAAAGCAAGCUGAUCAUAUGAAAACUCAAGUUUUAAACUCUAUAAUGAGAUUGGCCAACCUUUUUCCCUGACAGGGGGAAUAUAUAUUGGUGCCUAUAUUGCCCGGAGCCAGAGCUUAAGUCAAAAGUGUUCUGGAUUGCUCCUUUUGUGGUGGAAUUACACUGAAAGGAGAGAGGGACAAAACUCUUGGACAUAAAAAGCCCUGGAAAAUGCUAUAAUACAAGAAAGCUUCCGCCUCCUCGUGGACCAUCUAGUCUAAUGGAUCACUGCAACUCAUGAGGCUGUCUCCAUGUAAGGCAUCUUCACAAAGAUUAAAGCAGCUCGCUGAGUCACUUGAGAAUGCAAACGUUAAACUUACAUUGUCCAGAAAUGCUCAUGUAAAUUUAAAAAUGUCCCCCACAUUCUGUCAAACGAUAACAAUCAGAUGAUAACAUAAAUAACAAAAGAAAAGCUUCAUGUAUGAAACCAGUGGUGUCUGUGGGAUAUUCCCUUCUACAUAAUGAGGACUUCCUCACUCAAGUAGGUAGAUAAGUUGAAUUUUUGUAGAAAUGUAAGACUCUGUCUUUUUAAAAAUAGUUUUUGUUUUUUAUUCUUUUCAGUCAACCAGAUGUCAGUGCAAAAGAGGUUCUCUUCGAAUUUAAAGAAUCUGAGCCCAGGAAUUUCUGUUUUAAGUACCAGAAUGGAACAUCUGCAUAA